GAUCCUGCCCACAUGUGUUGUAUGUGUGUGUCUUUUGUGUCUGCGGAGGGGUGUGUUUGAGGCGUGCCUGCUUUUGGAGAUUGUCAGGGGAAAGCAUAGAGAAUAGGAAUCUCACAAACAAUUACAAGGAGAAGAUUUUAUCUCUGGGGAGAUCAAAGAAGAAGUUCAAGUGCAAGAGAAUCUAGACAGAGAGCCUCCAGUGGGUCGGGAGACGUAUCUCCUCUAUAACAGAAUAGUUUACUCCUCGAAGAAGGGAUCGCUGUCUGGCUCCAUCCCUGGAAAUAUUGUUCAUAAUUGAAAAUAUUAUUUUACAUUAAAGACCAGGGAAUACCCCACCAAAUCAGCAUAUAGGAUAAGCAAUGAAACACGGUCUGUACAGAACUGGAGAUGUCUACAUGGGGGGAUCACUUUAGGACCAAGGCAAAUUUUAAGGGUGAUGCGUGGAAGGCGUAGGAAUGCCUUAUGUUGAUCGACAAAACCGCACCUGUGGUUUUCUGGACAUUGAAGAUGGACAGAGUGGAAGAUCUCUGCGGAGGUAUUUUAUUCUGGAUACCCAGGCGAAUUACCUUCUGUGGUACAUGGACAAUCCCCAGAAUCUGCCCAAUGGAACCGGAGCAGUUGGGUCUCUGAAAUUGACAUAUAUCUCAAAGGUUGGUAUAGCUUCUGUGAAGCAAAAACCAAAGGCAACAUAUUGCUUCGUUAUCAAUGCUCUGUCACAGCGAUAUUUCCUACAAGCCAGUGAUCCGAAGGACCUUCAAGGGUGGGUGGAUGCCCUGAACUCAGCAAGCAAAAUAACAGUGCCGAGGCCAGGCACCGCUCCUCCACCUGAAACAGGAUCAACAGCUCUCCAAGAAAAUAAGACACAGACUGCGUAUAAGACGGAAAUUAUUGCGGGUGUUGUUGUGCAGACACCUAUAAACCAGAAUGGAGGUGACCUUCCGGAUGUAAGUCAGAGUGGCCUCCAAACACAUCCCACCCUCCGGCGCACUCAGAGUCACGUUCCGCUGCCUGCCAAUAAAGCUUUGCCAACGCGGUCAAUACUGAAGAGCGGAUACUGUGUCAAACAGGGAAACAUGAGGAAAAAUUGGAAACGAAGAUAUUUUAUCUUGGAUGCGUUUUCAAUCAGCUACUUCAAGUGCGAGAAGGACCGAGAACCCCUCCGUUGUAUAUUUCUUAGAGAUAUUUUGAAGACGCAUGAGUGUCUUGUCAAGUCUGGGGAUCUGUUGAUGAGAGAUAACCUGUUUGAAAUCAUCACAGCCCCGAGGACCUUUUACAUUCAGGCUGACAGUCCACAGGAAAUGCACAGCUGGAUAAAGGCAAUCAUCGCCGCCAUUCAGACGCUGAGGAUGCGCUGCAGGGAGCUGGCGUUUGGGCGGACAAUGUCUUUAAAUCGUGCAUUCGUUCCAGCUUCCCCUGCCUCCUCCGCCCAUUCCGAAGUCAAGCGUCACCUGGUGAAAACUUCUUCCGUGAAGUCUCCCUCUGUGAAGUCGUCGUGGCAGCCCUGGACACCCAUCCCAAAAUGUGAAACCGAGGGGUCUGGAGAAGUGACUUGGGAGGGCACCAAGGAGUUUAAUGAGGCAGGAGGACGAGCGAGACACGUGUCUGAACCCCAAAGGGUAUUAGACAAACCGUUCCCGUUCAGUCUAGACGAUGCAAGCAUGCGCACUUCAGAUGUUUAAACAAUAUUUUUUUUGUAUAAAACUAGAAGAUAUCCUUCAUGUAUAAGGACUUACCAUCUAUAUAGAGUUAUUUGACCCCGGCAGUGUGUAUAGAUACCCCCACAUUACGUUGGACCAAGCAACAUUUUGCUACACAUCCUUAUAACUUUUGUAAACGUUGAUAGUUGUUUAAUAUUACGUUCCAGAAGUGUGAUAAUGUAACAAUAUGAACUCGUCAUUCAUUGUGCUGGCCUUAAUUAAGGGUUCGACAAACCCCAAGAGCCGGGUCGACUAGGAUUGGCAUCCUUUCAGCUAGUUUCAGCUCCUGGAUCUAUGCCAGGUUCUUGCUUCCUAUGCGCAGCCGAUCAGUGGGAACUCAGCAGGGUCUGGCAACCCCCCCAGUAGUAAUGCAGCCGGUCAUGGCGUCUGCAUUACACGGUUGUCUUCUGCGUGUGCCCUGAAGAUAUCAAGCCCUGCUUUAAUAUAAUAUACUGUUUUCCUUGCAUUUGGUUUAACUGUGAAAAUCUCUAACUGCUUUACGGUUUUAUUUGUUUUAUGUGUGUGAAUAACUGAAUAAUAUACGAUAAACAGCUGCUGCUCUGUA